UGACCUUUAUGCACACGAUAAAAAAAAUAGUGCACUGAAUCUAAUAGAAUUUUUCAUUUUAUUAGUGUAAUGCACAGCUUCUCAUUAUGCACAAUACCAGUGUAUAAAUAUAAUAAGGACUUAUACGUAAUUAAAUGACAAAACAUUAAAUUUGUCAAAAGAUUUUAAUGACGUAUAACCUACAUGAAGCACUGACUAAAAUAGUUUUGAGUAAAGAAACUUCAUUCAUUAAUCUUUAAUUCCACAGUGAUUUAAACAAUGGGUAAACACGAAGUAGGAACACCAAAGUACAUUGCAAAUAAAAUUAAGGCAAAAGGUUUGCAGAAAUUAAGAUGGUAUUGUCAGAUGUGUCAGAAACAGUGCAGAGACGAAAAUGGAUUCAAGUGUCACACAAUGUCAGAAUCUCACCAUCGCCAAUUAUUGUUAUUUGCUGACAAUGCAUCACGUUAUAUGGAUCAGUUUUCAAAGGAAUUUUCUCAUGGUUAUUUAAAUUUAUUAAAGAGACAAUUUGGUACCAGACGUGUACCUGCUAAUCGUGUUUAUCAAGAAUAUAUCUCAGAUAGAGGACACGUACACAUGAAUGCUACAAUGUGGGUCACUUUAACUGGAUUUGUUAAAUGGCUUGGACGUACUGGACAAUGUGUUGUUGAUGAAACAGAGAAAGGCUGGUAUGUAACUUACAUAGACAGGGAUCCAGAAACACUAGCUGCUCAAGAGAAAAAAGCAAAGAAACAGAAGAUGGAUAAAGAUGACGAAGAAAGGAUGAUGGAGUUCAUAGAAAAACAAGUGGAAAAGGGUCAACAAGAAACCAGUGUACAAAAUGAGGCUUAUAUGGAGCCGUUGACACGUCCUGAAAAUGAUACACCUUUGGUUCUUGAACUGAAAAUAAAUAAGAAACCAAAGUUACUUCUCAGUUCUGUGAAAAAGGAAAAAGUUACAGAUAUGGGUUCUACCAGUAGCGAAGCAAUUUCUGUUUCUAAUAUAAAAUGUGAACAGUUAAGUGAAAAUGAGGAAGAAAGUUCACUUAAAAAGACUGAUAAACAUAAAUCUAAACAUGAUCCAGAUGAUAGCAAUGAAGAAGGUUGGUUAAGAGAGAACUUAACGGUGAAAGUAAUUACAAAGACUCUUGGAGAAAGAUAUUAUAAAGCAAAAGGAAUAAUUGAGUCUACUGAAAAUUCCAAUUUCGUGGGGAAAGUAAAAUUAAAGUCACCUGAAGAAGUCGAAAAUCAUGUUAUAAAGAUAGAUCAGGAAUAUUUAGAGACCGUAAUACCUGCUAUUGGCAAGGAUAUUAUAAUUCUUUGGGGAAAAUACAAGGGUAUGAAAGGUGUAGUGCAUAAAGUCCAUAUAGAAAACUAUUGCAUUGAUGUAAAGUUGAAGGAGAACGAUACUGUUGUUAAAAAGUUACCUUAUGAGCAAGUUUGUAAAUACGUGACAUGAUUACCUAUCUUAAAGACUGGAAACAAUGUGUUUCACUUGUAACAAUUUUGAUAAAAUGCAUUAUUUGUAUUUCUGUCUUUGUCCAUAUUUUGCAGACUUUUGCUACUUUUGUGAUUGUAAUAUUGGUCAAAUAUUCCAUUUGUAUUUUGCACAUAUACACAAUAAAAUGGAGAUAUUCUAUUUUAGUCUGUAUUAA